GAAGUUAUGUCAAUCGUGCAAUUCGUGCAUGUCCUCCUGCAUUGCAGCUGAUUGCAGCAGGUCCAUAUUGGUGCUGCGUGGGAGUCCGUCUGUGCAAGGGAUUUUAUCAAAAAAAAUGUCAGCAAUGCGGAUGAAAGCGGUGAGGUGUCCUACUGACGAACUCAGUAUUUCGAAUUGUGCUAUAAUCAGUGAGGAUGACUUUCCGGAUGAUGUCAGGCAUAUCGAGGUAACCACCGCGCCGAAUCAACAUUUUGUAUUUACCGUAAGAAGGCAUCAUGAUAUACCGAGGGGAACCGUGGGAUUCAGUUUACCACAGAGGAAGUGGGCCACCCUGUCUCUUAAUCAAGACAUCGAAGUUCGACCAUAUCAUUUCAAUCCUACCUCGAGCACAGAAUGCUUGUGCACCAUCGUUCUGGAAGCAGAUUUCUUGCAGAAGAAAUCGACUACUCUGGAGCCAUACAACACCGACGAGAUGGCCAAGGAUUUCCUAUUGCAGUUUUCUGGACAGGCAUUCACCGUGAGUCAGCAGCUGGUGUUUCAGUUCAAGGACAAGAAGAUGCUCGGCCUCGUGGUCAAGAGUCUGGAAGCUGCCGACCUGUCCGCUAUAAGUUCUGGACAGAACACGGUGCCUAAGAAGACGCAGAUGGGACGCUGCCUGGGCGACACCGUGAUACAGUUCGAGAAGGCAGACAACUCGAGCUUGAAUCUCGUCGGCAAAGCGAAAGGGAAAGUGGUUCGGCAGUCGAUCAUAAAUCCGGACUGGGACUUCCAGAAAAUGGGAAUCGGCGGAUUGGACAAGGAGUUCAGUGCCAUAUUCCGAAGAGCGUUCGCGUCGCGAGUCUUUCCACCAGAGGUUGUCAUUCAAUUGGGUUGCAAGCACGUGAAAGGAAUUUUACUUUACGGGCCACCGGGUACCGGUAAGACGUUAAUGGCGCGACAGAUAGGGACCAUGUUGAACGCUAGGGAGCCGAAAAUCGUCAAUGGGCCUCAGAUCUUGGACAAAUACGUCGGUGAGAGCGAGGCCAACAUCAGGCGAUUGUUCGCCGAUGCCGAAGAGGAGGAGAAAAGGCUUGGACCAAAUAGCGGCUUACAUAUAAUUAUUUUCGACGAGAUCGACGCGAUUUGCAAGUCUCGAGGUAGCGUUGCUGGAAACACGGGAGUUCACGACACUGUCGUGAAUCAGUUGCUCGCAAAGAUCGACGGCGUAGAGCAAUUGAACAAUAUUCUUGUCAUCGGUAUGACCAAUAGGAGAGAUAUGAUCGACGAGGCACUGUUACGACCCGGUAGAUUGGAGGUGCAAAUGGAAAUCAGUUUGCCAGACGAACACGGCCGAUUGCAAAUUCUUAACAUUCACACGUCCAGAAUGAGAGAUUACAAAAAGAUAGCACCCGACGUUGAUCUGAACGAAUUAGCUGGGUUGACUAAAAAUUUCAGUGGCGCCGAAUUAGAGGGUUUGGUGCGAGCCGCGCAAAGUACUGCCAUGAACAGAUUGAUCAAAGCUUCUAGUAAAGUGGAAGUGGAUCCUGCCGCGAUGGAGAAACUCAUGGUGUCCAGGACUGAUUUCAUUCACGCUUUGGAAAAUGACGUUAAGCCCGCGUUCGGUACGAGCGCAGAAAUAUUGGAUCAACUUCUCAUUCGUGGGAUUAUUAACUGGGGAAAACCGGUGGCGGAAAUUCUGUCCGAUGGGAAUCUGUACAUUCAAGAGGCUCGCGCUACCGAAGGUUCUGGCCUGGUCUCCGUUUUGGUAGAAGGACCGCCGAACAGCGGGAAGACGGCGCUUGCUGCUCAAAUAGCCAAGAACUCCGAUUUCCCGUUCGUCAAAGUGUGCACACCGGAAGACAUGGUCGGUUACACGGAAUCUGCCAAGUGUCUUUUGAUCCGGAAGGUAUUUGACGAUGCGUAUCGUUCGCAGCUUAGCUGCAUCUUGGUCGACAAUAUUGAACGCUUGUUAGAUUACGGUCCCAUCGGGCCCCGAUACUCUAAUCUGACCCUACAAGCGUUACUAGUUCUACUGAAGAAACAGCCACCGCGCGGUCGAAAAUUGUUAAUUCUCUGUACCACCAGUCGCAGGCAAGUUUUGGACGACAUGGAAAUGUUGUCAGCAUUUAGUACGAUUCUUCACGUACCUAAUCUGUCGACCUCUGAUCAUCUUUUGAGCGUCCUAGAAGAAGUGGAACUGUUCUCCAAAAAAGAAUUGGCAUCUUUACACUCGAAGCUACAAGGAAAACGAGUAUUUAUCGGUAUCAAAAAGUUGCUGUGUCUGAUCGACAUGGCGCGGCAAGUGGAACCAAGAUACAGGGUGCCGAAAUUCCUGUCGAAAUUAGAAGAGGAAGGUGGUCUAGAGUAAUAAGCGUUCAUUCUGUAAGUAUUUAUCUGUAGAAGUGAAUUAGACGUCGUUCGCGGAGUAGAUUUGCAUUUAAAUAUAAAUUAAUUAAAAAGAAGAAGAGACGCGAUCGUCGUGACAAAGUACGGAAGAGUCGUUGUAGGGACACUUAUGCAUUUCAAUAGUUUACGGAUGUUCGUACGUCCUACUUAGAAGUCGCAUUUCCUGCUUAGUUUCUUCGAAAUAAUUCAUCAUUUAGAACUCUCUGCCGACAUUUAGCGUGAUGCAGACCCGUGAUGGGUCUGAUGAUGAUGAUGAUGAUGAUGAUGAUUUACAAGUUUUCGAAUUUAAAAAGAGAAAUCGCAUUGAGAAUGUACAGCCCAAAUGUAAAAAGGAGAGCCUGAAAGGGGGAGGACUUUUUUUGUUAGAUAAGAAUAGAUACGAUCCAGUUUCUCGGGAAAGCGCAUGAAAGAAUACUUCCACUUUAACUUAUUUUGUUACGUUAUACAGUAAAACGUCAUUUAUAUGUCAUAUCUUCAACAGUAGUUAUUUAUUUAUUAGUGAACUCACGCGUCAAUGCGUUUAUUGUAAUGUGUCCUUUGUACGUAACGUACACUCGCGAUCUGUAUAAUUGAGUAGCGUACACGGUGUACUUAUUAUGAUCGUUCGAAGUUCACUCUGUGAUUCUUGUUAUAAAUGUAUGUACGUAUUCUGUUAUCGAUGUUAGUUUAUUGUGCGUUAGUAACUCGUAACUUAGACGUGAAACCAUUCCAAGACAGAAAGAUCCUAUAAUAUAUACUUACGUGCAAACAUUUAUUUUGUCGUACUAAUCGAGGAGUAGAAUGUUUUAUUUAAUUUUUAUUGAAAGCGGGCGAGCAAUUAUUUUCAUUUUACACAAAUCGAUAUGUAAAUCUGUAAUUAUCCUAGGCAAGUGAUUUAUUCUAGGUUUUAGUUUGUAGGUACCCAUUGAAACGUUGAGUAAUCUUCGUUCGACCCGAUAUGUAUAUACAUAUACAGUUCAAAUCGUUUCACGACGAGGAAACAUGUAUACACAUGCGUAUACCAAUAAUCAAUUCCCGUUGUUAGGCUUGGAAAGAUCCUGUAAUAUGAAAUAUGUCCGCGUGUUUUGCAAAAACUCUGUACGUGUUAACAUACCGCAAUAACCGAUUCACGAACAUGUACGUAAUAUGUGUAUAAAAGUUAAAUAAAAUCGACUUAAACAGAAA